UAUUCACCGUGUGUGUGGUUGUAGUAGUAGUGAGGUAGGGUUGGCAGGCGUGUGUUUGGUAAACAUGUCUGCUGGCCAUCAGCUGCAGUCUUCCACUAUGACGUCCAGCAUGCACUAAAAGAUGCACUAAAAGAUGAAGAAGGUCAAGACAGAGAAAAUAAUGGCUAAUGUCAACGAGUAUUUAAAGAGAAGAAACUUGGAGCAGAGCCAGCCAUCAGGGGGGACAAUUUCAGAGCAGCAAGCUGGAGUGUUAGGUCUUGUAUCUCCUUCUACACCUAACAGCUUCACCUUCUCCACUACCUCUACUCACCAUUCCCAUAUUGAUCAUCAGUACGUCAGGCUUAAGUCAUGGAUGAUGGAGGCAAGUGAACCCUGUCGAUCAGAGUUGUCACAAGUGCUGUUUCCUCUAUUCAUUCAUCUUUACCUGGAGCUGGUGGCUGGCACAGGGCGGCAAGCAGCUAAGAAGUUUUUUGUAAAGCACUACCAGGUAUUCCUGGUGAAUCGGGACUAUGAAAAUACUCUAUCACAGGUGCUAAAUGCAGCUAACAUCAAUGCAUCUGGUGAUAUGAACUCCUCUCCUAUCAUUCAGAAUCUCAAAAGUGGUAAAUACCUGGUGCGUUUGAGUGAACUGACUCUGAAUUACUUCUUGCGAUACCUCAAAGCUACAGAAAACCCAAUUUUAUUGCAAAUUUUCAAUACCUAUAUAGAAGUGGAAGUGGAUGACUCUGGUGCUGGCAGUUCAGGGGCAGUUUUCCGCAGCCCAGAAUUAAAUUCUGCUUUAUCAAAUGCUUUGGUAAAUGGUCACACACCAGAGUCUAUGUCCUCAGAUUCAGCAAUAGCUACAGCAGAUGGGUUGGACUGUACUCAGGAGGAGCUACAAAAAGUGAAAGAUGUGAUGGCUCGUAUAAGAUUAGCUCACCCUGCCCCUCCAUCACUGUGUGUAUACACUGUUUCUAAUGCCUAUAAUGGCUUGAGUUGUGCGAGUGUUAAUGCAGAAGGCAAAUUGUUGUCAUGUGGAUUUGAAGAUAGUGUUAUUAAAUUGUGGAAGUUAACUCCUCCGGUACAUAAUGUAGGGUUUAGAAAAGCUACCACGGUAGUAGGGCCCAGAGGUGGAAUAUCUCACACCCUUUUAGCAUGUGACAAUUCACGUAUUGAGGAUGAUGGCGAUGGUAGGGAAGAGGAAGAAGAGGAAAUGAUGGCAGAUUCAAGAAAUGGUGGAAGAAGAAGAAACCGUGGAGGUGAGCUCUUUGCUCUAAGAGGACAUCGUGGACCAGUUCUUGACACUGCUUAUACCCAUGAUUCAACUCAUCUUCUGUCUGUCAGUGAAGACACAACUAUGCGCCUUUGGAAUUUGGAAAGUGGUCAGGCAGUUGCUCUUUACAGAGGACACAACUAUCCUGUGUGGUGUGUGGCAGUUGCUCCACUUACCAUGUAUGUAGCUACUGGUUCGUACGAUAGUACAGUAAAAAUAUGGGCCACGGACUGCACAUAUCCGUUACGCACCAUGGCAGGUCACACUCAAGCAGUGGAUUGUGUAGCUUUUCACCCUAAUGGUACAUAUGUGGCUAGUGGAUCUUGUGAUCGAACAGUUAGGCUAUGGCAGAUAACAGAUGGGGAUGCAGCACGAAUUCUUCUCCAUCAUAAAUCUGCCAUCAGUGCUGUAGCAUUUGCCCCAAAUGGAAAGUACCUAGCUUCAGGAAGUGAUGAUGGUGCUGUUGUAGUGUGGGAUCUUGCUGGUGGGCGGGUGAUGGCCGAACUGAGUACUGGAAACCAGGCUGGCAAUGGGAAUACAGAAAUUUCACCACAUGUAGACUCCAUAGUAGGCCUGUGCUGGUCUGCUGACUCUGCUCUCUUAGUCUCUGCCUCCAGUGAUGGCUGUGUGCGCACCAGCCAUCUUGGACAAACACAUGCAGGUGAUGGAGGGCCUGGAUGGGAGCUAAAUGAAGUGUGCCAGGUUCAGUGUAGUGGAAGUACAAAUGGAGGAAUGGGUAGUAAUGGAGGAGGGGGACAACUACUACAUACUUCCCUUACUGCCCAUAACUACCUCACUGCUGUUACUACUGUUGAUGUUGAGAGAUAAGAUCUGAUCUUGGGUACAUUUGUUACAUCAUUGCUGAGGCUCUACUUACUGUGGAUUAUCAUCAUUUUGAAUGGUGCUGCAGAACCAUAAUACAAAUUUCAUUUCCUCAUAGUUUGUUGGUUUUGAUUGUGCAUUAGUGUUUAUAGUCUCUUGUCAGAAUGCAUUUGCAGUUAAUAUUAGCAGUUGUUGAAGUAGUUUCUGUAAGUAAAUUUCAUAGCAAGUUUGUAUAUUCUACCUGUAGAAGAAAUUGUUAUAAAUUCUUAACAUAGUUACUUUUAUGUUUUACAUAGCUCAUAAUAAAUAUUUGACCCUAUUUUUUCCAAUCAUAUGUCAUUCAAGCAUUGAUCUUCCCAUAUUGUCAUUUACUAGUUGACCUUAUCAGCUUCAGCCUGUAUGAAAGUUAAUUGCUUAAUUCUAUCAUUCCUCAUUUAAUUUUAGUUGAUGUGAAAUCUUUUGUUCAGAUUUUGCAGAACCCACAGCAGCAAUGUAACAAUCUGUAAACUGUACAAAUUUUACUGGUCCAAUAUAUACUGUGUAUUUUCCUACAGUCAACAAUAUGAAA